AUGUCGUUGAAGCACACGCCCCAGAAAAGUGCUAACGACAAAAUGGCGGAGUUGAAAACACUUGUGCACCUCCGUGGCCAAGCGAAGGCCAAGGUGACCAGGAUCCGGAAAGCAGUUGAAGGUGUCGAAGAAGCCGGUGUCGUUCAAUUUACCCUCGCCCAGCUGAGGGUGUAUGUGAGGAAUUUGAGGUCUCACUUCCAGGAGUACCUCAAUUUUCAUCACCAAAUCACCGCAAUGCUAUCACCGGAGAAGCUAGACGACAAUGACGCAACGUACAUCCAGUUUGAGAACCAUCAUAUGGAAACCGCAACGAUGGUGGAAGCUUUAAUUGAAUCCGCAACCCCGCAAGUCACUCCCGUCCAACCUUCAGGUGCUCAGCAGUCGCAGAUUGUUGUUCAGCAGCAACCGCUUCCGCUUCCCAUCCCCUCCUUUGAUGGGAAGCCGGAAAACUGGCCACGAUUCAAUCAAAUAUUUUCGGAUAUCAUGGCCCGAUCGAAGGAUUCCAACGCAGUGAAGCUACACCACCUUGAGAGAGCAUUAGCGGGAGGCUCAGCUGCCAAGAUUCUCGACCCGAAAACACUUAGCGAAGGCAACUUCACCCACGCCUGGGCGCUGCUGCUUGACAUUUUUGAGGACGAGAGGAAGGCAGUCGAUGCUCACAUCCAUGGGUUGCUGAGCCUAAAGCGGAUGAGCAAGGAAUGUUCCAAGCAGCUGAGGGAGCUGCUGAACGAAGUAACCCGCCACGUCGAGGGAUUGAAGCUUUUGAAGCAGGAUUUGGAAGGCGUUUCUGAAAGGUUUGUCGUCGUCGUUCUGUCCGAUGCUUUCGAUCCCGAGACGAGGAAGCAGUGGGAAGCCACCAUUCCCCAUAAGGAAAUCCCGACAUACGAAGACACCGUGCAGUAUCUGAAGGAACGAUGUUCGUUGUUGGAGCGUUGUGAAGCAAGCCAUCCGACGUCAGCUAAGGAGUCCAGCCUGAAAUCCAUCCCGAAGCCCCCACCGGCGAGAUCGUUCGCUAUGGUUACACCGGUAACUAAUAGUGAGACAAUGUGUGAGAUCUGCAGUGCGAGCCACCCCAAUUUCAAGUGCGACAAGUUCCUAUCCCUGACGGUACCCCAGCGUAGAAUCAAGGUAAGAGAGCUUAAUAUUUGUUUCAAUUGCCUGAGGAAAGGCCAUAUUGCCUCAAAAUGCCCUUCGACAAAAUCUUGCCAGGAGUGUCAAAGCAGACAUAAUACACUACUUCAUGAGCCCAAGUUUGCCAAACCAAAUCCAAAGCCCGUUGUUGAAUCCCCAAGAACCAAACCUGAACCCACCCAAAUUGUUGGAAGUACUCAUGUUCCGCCCACUGUUGAAAGUGUUUCGUCCUUGUCCAAUCCCGUACAUAAGGUUUCUCAUUCCGAUGGCACGCUUUUGCUCACGGCCAUGGUUGAUGUCCUUGACUGCCAUGGAAAUACCCACCCUUGUCGCGCAUUCCUCGAUUGUGGUUCCCAACCACAUCUAGUUUCCCGUUCCUUUGUGGAAGGCUUGGGAAUCAGCCAGUUACCCACCCAUGUGCAAGUAUUUAGAGCAGCCGGUAAAAGAUCGGUACUUGAUAAGAAAACAACACUUACAUUCCGUUCCCGUUGUAUGAACUACCAAGCUCAAAUCGAGUGUUUGGUCACCGAUGUGGUGACAGGUACCCUCCCUGGUCAAAAAUUGGAUCCUCGAUCAUGGAAAAUUCCCUCUGGUUUGUUGCUUGCCGAUCCUACCUUCCAUAUCCCAGGUGAAAUCCAAUUAUUGAUUGGAGUUAAACUGUUCUUCCAUUUGAUGCUUCCCGGACAGUUGAUGCUAGGCAACAGGCUACCCAUUCUUAAGGAAACCAGAUUGGGGUGGGUUGUUGCUGGUGGUGCUGAGGAUGUGGAUGAUAAUCAGCAUUGCUAUACAGCCAGUCUACGGCCAUUAUCAGAAUGUAUGGAGAAGUUUUGGUCUGUUGAGGCUGUUGAGUCUGUCGAUGCCGUGUCCAAGGAGGAGCAGGAUUGUGAGCAAAUCUUCAAUUCCACUACCUUUCGUAACCUGGAUGGAACCUACACUGUCCAACUACCGUUGAAGGAAUCAGUAAGCGAGCUAGGAACCAACCGAACGUUAGCUUUGAAACGAUUUCACAUGCUAGAGCAACGAUUAUCCAAAAAUGCUGAGUUGAAGAAUGCGUACACUGACUUCAUCAAUAAGUACAAGGAUUUGUCCCAUUGUAAGCAAGUUUCCGAUUUUGACGACCCCCCUGGAAAGUUGGUUCACUACUUGCCCCAUCACGCAGUCCUAAAACCAAGCAGUUCCACCACCCGUUUGAGAGUUGUUUUUGACGCCUCGGCACGAACAACAGGACCAUCUCUAAAUAAUGUCCUAAUGAUCGGUCCCACUGUUCAGGAUGACCUGUUUUCCAUAAUUCUCCGAUUCCGUAAACAUCGCUUCGCAAUAACAGCCGACAUUUCCAAAAUGUAUGGACGAAUUCGUGUUGAUGAGAAGCAUUCCAGUCUACAGAGAAUUUUUUGGAGGGAUAAUCCCAAUGACCCACUCCAGAUCCUCGAAUUGACAACCGUGACCUACGGGACUGCCAGCGCCCCGUAUUUGGCUACUCGAACAUUGUUACAGCUUGCCCGAGAUGAAUCCCAGCGUUUCCCAAUAGCGUCGAGGAUCGUAGAAGAAGACGUAUACGUAGAUGAUGUGGUAACAGGAGCAGAUACCAUCGACCAAGCUGUUCAGCUUCGUUCUGAUUUGACGAAUUUGAUGAUGUCAGGAGGUUUCCCGGUUCAUAAAUGGUGUGCAAGCGAUACAACCAUUCUGGACACCGUCGCUGAGGAAGACCGGGAGAAGUAUUUGGAAUUUGAAAAUUCUGAUGUGAACAAAGUCAUAAAAACUCUAGGCCUACUAUGGGAUCCUGAUGCCGAUUCCUUCCGCUUUCAUUGUGGAUUGCCAUUCCAACUUUUGACACCGCCAACCAAACGUAUCGUACUCUCUGAAAUCGCUCGGUUGUUUGAUCCGUUAGGAAUGGUUGCUCCCGUGAUCGUCCUAGCGAAGGAGAUCAUGCAACGUUUAUGGAAGGAUGAAGUAGGAUGGGACGACCGCUUGGAAGGUGAUAUUCUGCAGUCUUGGCUUACGUUUAGACAAUCCUUGAAGUACGUUGAAAUGAUAAAAAUUCCUCGCUUCGUUGGAUUGGUGGACGCUGAAUGUAUCGAAAUACAUGGUUUUGCCGACGCUUCCAGUCGUGCUUAUGGAGCAGUUAUUUACGUGAGAGUUGUUUCUAGCACUGAUGUUAAAGUUUCGCUACUCUGCAGCAAGUCAAGGAUUGCCCCACUUAAGCCAUUGACAAUUCCCAAAAUGGAGUUGUGUGCCGCCUUGUUGUUGUCCAGAUUGGUUCCCAAGUGUGUAUUAUCGUUGAAGAUUGACGUUCAGCGUAUCUGUUUGUGGUCUGACAGCCAAAUUGUACUCGCUUGGUUACAAAAGCCCGCCAGCCAACUAGAUGUUUUUGUCCGCAAUCGUGUGACGGAGAUCAAUUCAUCCACCAAUUAUUGCGUUUGGUCGUAUGUCCGUUCCGAAGAUAACCCGGCAGAUGUGGUAUCUAGAGGGCAGUUGCCUCAGAGUCUUGCGAUGAAUAGUCUGUGGUGGAACGGACCACCCUUUUUGAAACUAUACCAAUAUGAUGUCGCCGUUCCAGACUCGUUACCAGAGUCAGAAGUACCGAACAUGAUUCCGACGUUACCGACUACCUGUGUUCCAGUUGUUCUACAAGACGUUCCUUUUCUCGAAACCUUUGGUUCAUUCCGAAAACUACAGAGAGUUGUUGGUUAUGUUUUUUGCGAACAUCUGCAGACUCAAUCGCGCAGAUCGAGUAUGUCAUAA